ACGGCCAGGCGGGGCGCCGAGUGGAGGAACCGAGCCCUGGGAUCCCUGUCCGGCCGGGCCGCGAUGCCCCUGGCCGUUCUCGCCGAGGCUAGCGCUGGGCCUGGAGUCUCGGCUCAGGCGAUCGGGGCCGCCCGGGAUGGAGCCAGUGCCUCCUGCAGCCGCGGAAACUUGAUCGGUGACCGAUAAAAACCUCGGCCCAGGUCUCCGCACCCUCCGGCUCCCCCCGGAGCCCCGCGCGCUGCGGGGAGCCCGGGUUUUCGGACCGCGGCCACUGCGCUCCUUUGGAAAAGGGGGGGCGCAAAAGAGGGGGGGUUGGCCGCGGCUCCCCGAGGCCGGCCAGCCCCCCCCCACUCCCCGGAAAGUGUGUGCAGCCACCAUGGCCGACGGGUCGCCUCGACCCCCACUCUAUCGCAGCGUCUCGUUCAAGCUACUGGAGCGUUGGAGCGGAGGGCCCGGGCCGAGGGAAGACGACGACACGGACAGCGUCGGCUUACGACGCCGAGCCUCGUGCCGGCCGGCCUCGGCAGUCCCGGGCCAACCCUCCCGGCGCGUGUCCAAGCUGGCGUCGGGGCCCCCGGCCGCCCCCGCGCAGCCGCGCCCGCUCCGCAGCCUCUCGCCAUCCGUGCGCCAGCUCUCCCGGCGCUUCGACGCGGCGCUCCUGGACCACGACGACCACGACGACUCGCCUGGGGCCCGGGACGGGGGCGUCUCCCCCGGCACCACCGAAGAAGCGGCUGAAGGCGCCGCGCGUGGGGCCUGGCCCAGCGUCACCGAGAUGCGCAAGCUCUUCGGCGGCCCCAGCUCCAGGAGACCCAGUGCGGACCCCGAAGCUCCCGGCACGCCUAGCCCCCCCGAUGGCACGGCGUGGGAGCCCCCAGCCCGGGAUCCCAGGCAGCCCCCGACGCCACCUCCGCGGACGUGCUUCCCUUUGGCGGGUCUGCGCGCUACGCGGCCGCUGUCCGGCCCCGGGAUCGAGGGGAGGCGGCGGCGGCAAUUGCAGCAGCAGCAGCAGCAACAGCAGCUGGAGCGGGCGCAGCGUCCGGCGGAUGGUUUACAUUCUUGGCAUAGCUUCUCCCAACCGCAGGCCGGGACCCGGGCCUCCUGCUCCUCCUCCUCCUCCUCCAUCGCCUCCUCCUAUCCUGUCAGCCACCACCGGGCUGCUAGCUCCAGCGAGGAGGAAGAGGAGGGACCGCCGUUGCAGCCCAGAGCGCAGAGUCCGGCCUACUUUGUCCGCCACUCGUCGGGCAGUGAGGAGGACCUAGACGGCGGCGAGGGCGACCACCGCUGGAGAGGGAGAGGGCCCAGGCCUGGAAGGUCUCUGUUGGAUCAGGAGGACCUCAGCCCGGACAGUGAUGGGUUAAAUUCGUGCAGCGUGGACUCAGCAAGGGGGCCCAGGAGUCUUGAACACCCGACAUCUCCAAGAGCCCCCAUGGAGGAGGAACCCCGGGAGUGGGGUGCUGGCGGCCCACAAUCUUGCGUGCCAGGUCCCCAGGAGGGCGUGCGGCCUAUGUCUGACACCGUAGGGGGAACGUUCCGCGUGGCCAAGGUGAGCUUUCCAGCGUACCUGGCCAGCCCAGCUGGCUCCCGAGGGAGUAGCCGCUAUUCCAGUACUGAGGCUCUUAAGGACGAUGAUCUGUGGUCUAGCCGAGGUUCUGGGAGCUGGGGCAUGUACCGGUCCCCAAGUUUUGGAGCUGGGGAAGGCCUCCUGCGGCCGCAGGCUCGGAACCGGAAUAAAGGACCUGUGGGCACCACUAGGGUUUUGAGAGAUGGAGCGUUGGAACUGGACAAGAAUAGACAGCGUAAGUCCCUAUCGAAUCCAGACAUCGCCUCAGAGACCCUAACGCUACUCAGUUUCCUGCGCUCAGACCUUUCAGAGCUGAGGGUCAGAAAGCCCAGUGGGGGCCCUGGGAGCAGCUGCCUGGAUGGCAGAGACUCACCGUUGGCAGGUAGCCCAGUGGAGCGAGUUGAACCCGUGCCCUCCCAAGGUCCAGCGUCCCCCAGCGCCCGCCCCACACUCAAGGAUCUGACAGCCACUCUGCGCAGGGCUAAGUCAUUCACUUGCUCAGAGAAGCCCAUGGCCCGUCGCCUUCUCCGCACCAGUGCCCUGAAGCCCAGCUCCUCUGAGCUCCUGCUGGCAGGCUCUGGGCCCGAAGAACCUUUACCAUUCGUGGUCCAGGAUCAGUAUGUACAGGAGGCCCGGCAGGUUUUUGAGAAGAUCCAGCGCAUGGGUGCCCAGCAGGAUGAUGGGAAUGAUGUGCCCCCUAGAAGUCCCGACUGGGCAGGGGACAUGACUCAAGGACAGCGGUCACAGGAGGAGCUGUCAGGCCCUGAGUCCAGCCUGACAGAUGAGGGCAUUGGGGCAGACCCUGAGCCUUCUGGUGGGGCUUUUUGUAGCCUGAGUCCGGCAGGGGUGUGGUGUCCCCUCUCUUCAUCCACAGUUCAUACGAACCACCACUGUGGUGCCAGGACGGAGGAUGGUCUGGGUGGAUGGGCCUUGGUGUCUCCUGAGACCCCACCCACACCAGGUGCCCUCCGCAGGAGACGAAAAAUCCCACCCUCAGGUACUACUGGGACUGAGCUGAGCAAUGGGGAGGCAAGUGAGGCCUACAGGUCCCUGAGUGACCCAAUCCCUCAGCGCCACCGGGCUGCAGCCUCUGAGAAGCCCUCUGGGUUCUCCGUAGACAGCAACCUUCUGGGUUCACUGAGCUCCAAGACGGGUCUUCCAGCGACCCCAGCUGUGGAUGAGGGUUUGACCAGUGGCCACAGUGACUGGUCUGUGGGCAGUGAAGAGAGCAAGGACUUUCAGGAGGUUAUCCAGAGCAUUGUUCAAGGGCCCGGUGCUUUGGGACGUGUGGGGGAAGACAGGGUUGCUGGCAAGGCCCCCAAGAAGAAAUCUCUGAGUGACCCUAGUCGCCGUGGAGAAUUGGCUGGGCCUGGAUUUGAGGGCCCCGGAGGUGAGCCCAUCCGAGAAGUGGAGCCAUUGUUACCUCCAUCCAGCAGUGAGCCUAUCCUUGCAGAGCAGCGGGCAGAGCCAGAAGAGCCCGGUCCUGCCAGGGGCCGGGCACAGUCAGAGAGGACCCUACCCGAGGCCCCCCCUGCCUCCCCCAUUGCCCACCGUGACUUCCACCUUGACUCCAAGCUGGCUGAUGUCCUGUCCCCUCGGCUGACCCGCCGCAGCUCCAAGAAGCGUCCAGCUCGCAGCAGUCACCAGGAACUUCGGAGAGAGGAGGGCAGCCAGGACCAGACUGGCAGCCUGGCCCAGGCUCGGUCCUCCAAGCAUGUCCGCCACGCCAGUGUGCCUGCCACUUUUACACCUAUCAUGGUGCCGGAGUCUAGGACUUCUGCAGGACUCCCCGUGGCAGUGCCAGAGCCCGUGAGCUUUCCUACUAGAGCCCACCCCACGUUGCAGGCACCCUCGCUUGAAGACGUCACCAAGCAGUACAUGUUGACCCUUCACUCGGGUGAGGUUCCUGCUCCCGGGCCUGUGGAUCUGCCCUGCCCGCCUCCAUCCGCGCCACCCCCGGCUGAGGUCAAGCCUUCUGAGGCAGCCAGGGCCCCCGAAGAGCCUGCUCCGGCCAGCAAGUGCUGUAGUAAGCCACAGGUGGACAUGCGGAAGCACGUGACCAUGACCCUGCUGGACACAGAGCAGUCGUACGUGGAGUCGCUGCGCACCCUGAUGCAGGGCUACAUGCAGCCGCUGAAGCAGCCAGAGAACUCCUUGCUGUGCGACCCAGCGCUGGUGGACGAGAUCUUCGACCAGAUUCCCGAGCUGCUGGAGCACCACGAGCAGUUCCUGGAGCAGGUGCGGCACUGCGUGCAGACGUGGCACGCCCAGCAGAAGGUGGGCGCCCUGCUCGUCCAGUCGUUCUCCAAAGACAUCCUCGUCAACAUCUAUUCUGCCUACAUUGAUAACUUCCUCAAUGCAAAAGAUGCUGUGCGUGUGGCUAAAGAGGCAAGGCCGGCCUUUCUCAAGUUCCUGGAGCAAAGUAUGCGUGAGAACAAGGAGAAGCAGGCGCUGUCCGACCUCAUGAUCAAGCCCGUGCAGAGGAUUCCACGCUACGAGCUUCUGGUGAAGGACCUCCUGAAGCACACUCCCGAAGACCACCCAGACCACCCACUCCUGCUGGACGCCCAGAGGAACAUCAAGCAGGUGGCCGAGCGCAUCAACAAGGGGGUUCGGAGCGCAGAGGAGGCCGAGCGGCAUGCCCGGGUGCUUCAGGAGAUCGAGGCCCACAUUGAGGGCAUGGAGGACCUCCAGGCCCCUCUGCGGCGAUUCCUGAGGCAGGAGAUGGUCAUUGAAGUGAAGGCAGUCGGUGGUAAGAAGGACCGAUCCCUCUUCCUGUUCACGGACCUCAUAGUGUGCACCACCCUGAAGCGGAAGUCAGGCUCCUUGAGACGCAGCUCCAUGAGCCUGUACACAGCAGCCAGCGUUAUCGACACAGCCAGCAAAUACAAGAUGCUGUGGAAGCUUCCGCUGGAGGACACAGACAUCCUCAAAGGGGCAUCCCAAGCCACCAAUCGGGAGAACAUCCAGAAAGCCAUCAGCCGCCUAGACGAGGACCUGGCCACCCUGGGCCAAAUGAGCAAACUCUCUGAGAGCCUUGGCUUCCCACACCAGAGUCUGGAUGACGCACUGCGGGACCUCUCGGCUGCCAUGCACCGGGACCUGUCCGAGAAGCAGGCACUAUGCUACUCUCUUUCCUUCCCGCCCACCAAGCUGGAGCUGUGUGCCACCCGGCCCGAGGGCACCGACUCCUUCAUCUUCGAGUUUCCCCAUCCUGAUGCCCGCCUAGGCUUCGAGCAGGCCUUCGAUGAAGCCAAGAGGAAGCUGGCAUCCAGCAAAAGCUGUCUAGACCCUGAGUUCCUGAAGGCCAUUCCCAUCAUGAAAACCCGCAGCGGCAUGCAGUUUUCGUGCGCAGCCCCCACCCUCAGCAGCUGCCCGGAGCCCACCCCGGAGGUGUGGGUGUGCAACAGCGACGGCUACGUGGGCCAGGUGUGCCUGCUGAGCCUGCGGGCCGAGCCCGACGUGGAGGCUUGCAUCGCCGUCUGCUCUGCCCGGAUCCUCUGCAUUGGAGCUGUGCCGGGCCUGCAGCAACACUGCCACCGAGAGCAGCCAGAGUCCCUGAGGAGUCCUCCCGAGAGUGCCCAGGAGUCUGCUGGGCCAGAGCUAGAUGUGGAGGCCGUGGCAGAUGAAGAAACAGCGACGCUGGCCGAACCAGGGCCCCAACCGUGCCUACACAUUUCCAUCUCGGGCACUGGCCUGGAGGUGGCGCCGUGCCCGACAGAGGGCGACCCUCGACCUGAGUUGGUACCUUUUGACAGCGACUCUGAUGAUGAAUCGUCACCGAGCCCCUCAGGGACUCUUCAGAGCCAGGCCAGCCAGUCCACCAUCUCCUCCAGCUUUGGGAAUGAAGAGACCCCAAGCUCCAAGGAAGCCACAGCGGAGACGACCAGCUCCGAGGAGGAGCAGGAGCCCGGCUUCUUGCCGCGGUCUGGCUCCUUCGGGCCCGGUGGUCCCUGCGGCGCCAGCCCCAUGGACGGGAGAGCCCUGCGCCGCUCCAGCCGCGGCUCCUUCACGCGUGGCAGCCUCGAGGACCUGCUCAGCGUGGACCCCGAGGCGUACCAGAGCUCCGUGUGGCUGGGCACCGAGGACGGCUGUGUUCACGUGUACCAGUCCUCCGACAGCAUCCGUGACCGCAGGAACAGCAUGAAACUCCAGCACGCAGCCUCUGUUACCUGCAUCCUGUAUCUGAACGACCAGGUGUUUGUAUCUCUGGCCAAUGGAGAACUUGUGGUCUACCAGAGGGAAGCAGGCCAUUUCUGGGACCCUCAGAAUUUCAAAUCGGUGACACUGGGUGCUCAGGGGAGCCCCAUCACCAAGAUGGUGUCCGUGGGUGGGCGGCUGUGGUGUGGCUGCCAGAACCGGGUCCUUGUCCUGAGCCCCGACACGCUGCAGCUGGAGCACACGUUCUACGUGGGGCAGGAUUCAAGCCGAAGUGUGGCUUGCAUGGCGGACUCCAGCCUGGGCGUGUGGGUGACAUUAAAAGGGAGCGCCCACGUGUGUCUCUACCAUCCAGACACCUUUGAGCAGCUGGCGGAGGUAGACGUCACCCCUCCCGUACACCGGAUGCUGGCAGGCUCUGAUGCCAUCAUCCGGCAGCACAAGGCUGCCUGCCUGCGAAUCACCGCGCUGCUGGUGUGCGAGGAGCUGCUGUGGGUGGGAACCAGCGCUGGGGUCGUGCUCACCAUGCCCACCUCCCCCAGUACUGUCAGCUGCCCGCGGGCACCUCUCAGCCCAGCUGGCCUAGGCCAGGGCCACACCGGACACGUCCGCUUCCUGGCCGCAGUCCAGCUGCCUGAUGGCUUCAACCUGCUGUGCCCGACACCACCUCCUCUCCCGGACACAGGCCCUGAAAAACUGCCAUCCUUGGAGCACAGGGACUCCUCCCGGCACCGGGGGCCCCCCUCGGCCAGGCCGAAGAUGCUGGUCGUCAGUGGCGGUGAUGGUUAUGAAGACUUCCGACUCAGCAGCGGGGCUGGCGGCAGCAGCGAGGCGGUGGGCCGAGAUGACAGCACAAACCACCUCCUCCUGUGGAGGGUGUGAGCGUGCCCAGGGCCCGGCACUCGCCCGCCCACCUGCCCCCAGCCUGCCCGCCUCGUCCCGGGCAAGACCACGCAAGAACUUGACCCGAGCGUCCAAGCAAGGGCAUGCGCGGGCUCCGUGUCAUCUUUGCGGAAGCAUUCCUGGUGGAAACACCUGCCAGCCAGCCAGACCAAACCUCUGCCACCCGCCGGCCGCUCCGCUGCUCCUGGCCAGGACCAGGGUGGGAGGUGCGGGCUGCCAGGGACCUUUGUCCCUGGAGCUUCUGCCAAAGACACAGCCAGGCCUGAACCCCACAGGGCUGCCGGGCCUGAACCCCACAGGGCUGGGGCGGCCAUGUGCAAUACGUGGAGGGUUUUUUUUUUUUUUUUUUUUUUUUUUUUCUGGAGCAGCAGGAAGGCUGAGGGGACAGCAUCCUUUCCCAUGUACAGUAUUUAUGUUUCUUUUUAGAUGAGUACUUCCCAGAGCACUUAUUUAUGCAGCGACUUGGGGCAGGGCAUGAUGAGAGGAAGUAAAAGGAGGAUGAAAGCUUGUUCCUGCCCAAGGGGCUUCCCUGGGACCCUAACCAAGCCUUCCUGGAAGGACCAAUGCCCCUCAUGUUUCUCUCUGUCUGUCUGUCUCUCUCUCUCUCUGUCACUGUCACACACACACUCACUCUGCAUGUUCAGGGCACUAAGACACUGCCCCUUAGUGUUAACCCCAGCCCUCCCCGACGAGGCUGCCUACCCUGAUCCAGAGGCAGGACCCAUGUGCCCUGGGCCCUGCAGGCAGGAGGACUCUUAGGAGGAAGUGACUUCCUCACUGGGAGCUUCCCAGGCUUUGGCAUUCCCCCAGUAUUGGUGUUGCCUUGAAUGUUUUAUUUUAUUUUAUUUUUUUUCUUUAAUUUGGGAACGACGGUGGAGCCAGGGACAGGGCUUUCUCUCAGGUAAGAGAAAAGGGCCUGACGCCUCCCAGUCAGCCCCGGCCCCCGCCUCUCCAUGUCUCAUGCACUGGCACCAUGGUCACCUGGGGAGGAUGGACCUAGAAACCCCCUCACUCUGACCACUGACUCCCUCUCUAAACACCCCCAUCUUGUCAGGGGCAGCCCCUUCAGGAAGGACCCCUCCCCCCCAAAAAAAACCUGGGGCUAAGCAUGGCCUCUUUAACUGGGAAGGCUCCCGCUUGAGGGCAGCCUCUUCUUGCCUCCUGGGCUGCAGGGAGCCCCCCCUCGCCGCCCCAAUCCCUUAGCCCCUUGUUUUACUGCAACUCCAGAGGCCUGGUUUCACAUGGGGCUCAUUUCUUCUGUUUCGUUUUGUUUUUGUUUGGGGUGGGGAGGGGUCAUUGCGGUCUUAGAUGAUGUUUCUCCUGCUACCAAACAGUUAUGUAUUAACUCUCCUUGGAUGAUGAAAGAGUCAAUAAAUAGAAACACCAAA